AUGAGCCUUCCCACGGCGAACAUUACGUUGAAAUGGAACCCGAAGAGCCUGGAGAUCCGGACGGUGGCGGUGGAGCGGCUGCUGGAGCCGCUGGUGAGUCAGGUGACCACCCUGGUGAACAGCAGUAACAAAGGGCCGUCCGCGAAGAAGAAGGGCCGCUCGAAGAAGGCGCGGGUGCUGGCCGCCUCGGUGGAGCAGGCCACCCAGAACUUCCUGGAGAAGGGGGACAAGAUCGCCAAGGAGAGCCAGUUCCUGCGGGACGAGCUGGCCGCCGCCGUGGAAGAGGUCCGCUCCCAGGGCGAGCUCAUGAGGGCGGCGUCCGGGGACUUCGCGGAUGACCCGUGCUCGUCGGUGAAGAGGGGGAAUGUGGUCCGGGCCGCCCGCAGCCUCCUGUCCGCCGUCACCCGGCUGCUGAUCCUGGCAGACAUGGCCGACGUCUACAAGGUGCUGAUGCAGCUGAAGGUGGAGCUGAAGGACAGCGGGCACCGGGAUCAGAUGGCCGCCGCCAGGGGAGUCCUGCUGAAGAACGUCCCCCUCCUCCACACCGCCUCCCAGGCCUGUCUGCUGCACCCCGAUGUGGCCGCCUACAGAGCCAACCGGGAUCUGAUCUACAAGCAGCUGCAGCAAGCCAUCACCGCCAUCAGCAAUGCAGCCCAGGCCACCCCAUCCGAGGAGAGCCCAGCCCCACAGGGAGGAGAGCUGGCCGUGGCCCUCAACAACUUCGAUAAACAGAUCAUCAUGGAUCCUAUAGGCUUCACAGAAGAGAAAUUCCGUCCCUCUUUAGAGGAAAGACUUGAGAGUAUCAUCAGUGGGGCGGCCUUGAUGGCGGAUUCCACCUGCACCCGGGAUGACCGCCGCGAGCGCAUCGUGGCCGAAUGUAAUCUGGUCAGGCAAGCCUUGCAGGAUCUCCUCUCAGAAUACAUGACGAAUUCUGGGCGCAAGGAAAGAACCGACGUCCUUAAUGCCGCCAUCGAUAAAAUGGUCAGGAAGACCAGAGACCUGCGCAGGCAGCUGUGUAAAGCCGUCAUGGACCACGUCUCGGACUCGUUCUUGGAGACCAACGUGCCACUUCUGGUUCUGAUCGAGGCUGCCAAGAACGGGAAUGAAAAGGAAGUUAAAGAGUAUGCCCAAGUUUUUCGUGAACACGCAACUAAAUUGAUCGAAGUGGCAAACCUGGCGUGCUCCAUCUCCAACAAUGAGGAUGGGGUUAAAAUUGUCCGCGUCUCUGCAAACCAGCUAGAAGCGCUCUGCCCUCAGGUCAUUAAUGCCGCGUUGGCCUUAGCAGCCAAGCCUCACAGUAAAGUGGCUUUGGACAAUAUGGAUAUUUUCAAGGAACAAUGGGAAAAGCAAGUUGGCAUCCUUACUGAUGCAGUUGAUGACAUCACUUCCAUUGAUGACUUUUUGUCUGUCUCGGAAAAUCACAUCUUAGAAGAUGUCAACAAAUGUGUCAUAGCCCUGCAGGAAAGAGACAUUGACGGGCUGGAUCGCACUGCAGGAGUCAUACGUGGUCGUGCUGCCAGAGUCAUGCAUGUUGUCAUUUCGGAAAUGGAAAACUACGAGGCAGGUAUUUACACAGAGAAAGUUUUGGAAGCUUCUAAACUGUUAUCAGACACGGUUAUGCCACGCUUUGCAGAACAAGUGGAAACUGUCGUUAAUGCUCUCAUUCGAGAUCCGAAUCACCCCGUAGAAGAAAAUGAAUUUAUUGAUGCCUCCAGACUUGUGUAUGAUGGUAUUCGUGACAUCAGAAAAGCUGUUUUAAUGAUCAGAACUCCGGAAGAGCUGGAUGAUUCUGAUUUUGAGGCAGAUGACAUUGAUGUGAGAAGCCAUACCAGCAUUCAGACUGAGGAUGACCAGCUCAUUGCAGGGCAGAGUGCUAGAGCAAUUAUGGCUCAGCUGCCUCAGGAGCAAAAGGCAAAGAUUGCAGAACAAGUUGCAAGUUUCCAAGAAGAAAAAAUUAAGCUUGACGCUGAAGUAUCCAAAUGGGAUGAUAGCGGCAAUGACAUCAUUGUUUUGGCCAAGCAGAUGUGCAUGAUCAUGAUGGAGAUGACCGAUUUUACUAGAGGGAAGGGGCCUCUUAAAAAUGCUUCAGAUGUCAUAGGUGCUGCAAAGAAAAUUGCAGAAGCUGGAUCACGAAUGGACAAAUUGGGCCGUACUAUUGCUGACCACUGCCCUGAUUCUACCUGCAAACAAGACCUUUUGGCAUACCUUCAGCGCAUUUCCUUAUACUGCCACCAGUUAAACAUCUGCAGCAAAGUUAAAGCCGAAGUUCAGAAUCUUGGUGGUGAGUUAGUUGUCUCUGGAGCUGACAGUGCCAUGUCACUGAUACAAGCUGCUAAGAACUUGAUGAAUGCUGUGGUGCAAACUGUUAAAGCGUCUUAUGUGGCUUCUACAAAAUAUCAAAAAUCACAAGGCAUGGCAUCAUUAAACUUGCCUGCAGUGUCCUGGAAAAUGAAGGCCCCGGAGAAAAAGCCACUUGUCAAGAGAGAAAAGCAAGAUGAGACCCAAACUAAAAUUAAAAGAGCAUCUCAGAAGAAACAUGUGAAUCCUGUGCAGGCUCUUAGUGAAUUUAAAGCCAUGGAGAGUAUUUAA